CUGGGAUGAGUUAUUGAUCAUUUUUGUAUAUACACAUUUUAUUCUCUCAGUUGUUCCUUUGGCUCUCCGCCAAAAGCAACAACUGCAUUCAAAGGGAGAGGGCUAAAAAACAAUGUGCCAUCAUUAACAUGGUUUCACUUCCAUUUUCAAUCUUCUCCAUACUCAGAAAUCAUAGUACAUAGAUUAGAUAGCUCCUUUUAUUCUUCAUAAACUCACUGUCACCCUUUCGGUUUGUUUAUCCCUUUGUUUUGAGUUUCGGAGGUCACAAUAACAUGGCCUGCACCGAAAACAGACAACCGAAGGUUCCUGUUUUCCUCUGUUUCUUCUCAUUUAUGUUUGUUGCCACCGUUUUGUUGAAUUGCGACCGGGUUUCGGGGCAGACAUCCUCUGUUUUUGCCUGCGAUGUUGCGAAGAACCCGGCUUUGGCAGGUUAUGGAUUCUGUGACAAGUCACUCUCGCUGGAGGACAGGGUCGCUGACCUGGUGAAGAGGCUCACAUUGCAAGAGAAAAUCGGAAGCUUGGUGAAUUCCGCGACCAGUGUGAGUAGACUCGGCAUUCCCAAGUACGAAUGGUGGUCUGAGGCACUUCAUGGAGUCUCCAACGUUGGACCUGGGACCCACUUCUCAAGUCUGGUUCCUGGAGCCACUAGUUUUCCUAUGCCCAUUCUCACUGCGGCAUCAUUCAACGCUUCUCUCUUUGAGGCCAUUGGAAGGGUGGUUUCAACAGAAGCCCGAGCAAUGUACAAUGUGGGGUUGGCUGGUUUGACAUAUUGGUCACCAAACAUAAACAUAUUCAGAGAUCCCAGAUGGGGAAGAGGACAAGAGACACCAGGGGAAGACCCUUUGCUAAGUAGCAAAUACGCAACGGGAUACGUGAAAGGUCUUCAACAAACUGAUGAUGGAGACUCCAACAAGCUCAAGGUUGCUGCUUGUUGCAAACACUAUACAGCCUAUGAUUUGGAUAACUGGAAAGGCAUUCAGCGUUACACCUUCAAUGCUGUGGUGACACAACAAGAUAUGGAUGAUACAUUCCAACCACCGUUUAAGAGCUGCGUGAUUGACGGGAAUGUUGCCAGUGUCAUGUGUUCCUACAACCAGGUUAAUGGUAAACCAACCUGCGCAGAUCCUGACCUCCUUAAGGGGGUUAUCCGAGGCGAAUGGAAAUUAAAUGGAUAUAUAGUUUCUGACUGUGACUCAGUAGAAGUGCUUUUCAAAGAUCAGCACUACACCAAGACUCCUGAAGAAGCUGCAGCCGAAACCAUUCUGGCAGGGUUGGAUUUGAACUGUGGAAAUUAUCUUGGCCAAUACACAGAAGGGGCAGUGAAGCAAGGGCUAUUGGAUGAAGCAUCCAUUAACAAUGCUGUCUCAAACAAUUUUGCCACAUUGAUGCGUCUUGGUUUCUUUGAUGGCGAUCCAAGCAAGCAAACUUAUGGUAACCUUGGUCCAAAUGAUGUAUGCACUUCAGAGAACCGGGAGCUCGCCCGUGAAGCAGCAAGACAAGGGAUUGUGUUGCUUAAAAAUAGUCUGGGAUCAUUGCCUCUCAAUGCCAAAGCCAUUAAAUCAUUGGCAGUUAUAGGGCCCAAUGCUAAUGCUACCAGGGUCAUGAUUGGAAACUACGAAGGCAUUCCUUGCAACUAUAUAUCACCCUUGCAAGCACUAACAGCCUUAGUUCCUACGAGCUAUGCUGCCGGCUGCCCCAAUGUGCAAUGUGCGAAUGCAGAGUUAGAUGAUGCCACACAGAUAGCAGCAUCUGCAGAUGCAACAGUGAUUGUAGUUGGUGCAAGUCUAGCUAUAGAGGCAGAAAGUCUUGACAGAAUUAACAUUCUUCUUCCAGGACAACAGCAACUUCUAGUGAGUGAAGUUGCUAAUGCAUCCAAGGGACCUGUGAUUCUUGUCAUAAUGUCUGGUGGGGGCAUGGAUGUGUCCUUUGCUAAAUCUAAUGAUAAAAUCACAAGCAUCCUAUGGGUUGGCUACCCUGGCGAAGCUGGUGGAGCUGCCAUAGCUGAUGUGAUUUUUGGGUUUUAUAAUCCAAGUGGAAGGCUACCCAUGACAUGGUAUCCACAAUCAUAUGUAAACAAGGUGCCAAUGACAAACAUGAACAUGAGGGCAGAUCCUGCGACAGGUUACCCUGGUAGAACAUACAGAUUUUAUAAAGGGGAAACUGUUUUCUCUUUUGGAGAUGGAAUAAGCUUCUCAAAUAUUGAGCACAAAAUAGUUAAAGCACCUCAAUUGGUGUCUGUUCCUCUAGCAGAAGAUCAUGAAUGCCGUUCCUCAGAAUGCAUGUCACUUGAUGUUGCUGAUGAGCAUUGCCAAAACUUGGCCUUCGAUAUUCACCUUGGGGUUAAGAACAUGGGGAAAAUGAGCAGUAGCCAUGUAGUGUUAUUGUUCUUUACUCCUCCUGACGUGCAUAAUGCUCCUCAGAAACACUUGUUGGGUUUUGAGAAAGUGCACUUGCCAGGAAAAUCAGAAGCACAGGUUAGGUUCAAGGUAGAUAUUUGCAAGGAUUUGAGUGUGGUUGAUGAACUUGGCAAUAGGAAAGUUCCACUGGGACAACAUCUGCUUCAUGUCGGAAACUUGAAGCAUCAAUUAAGUGUGAGUGUUUGAAACAAGUCUUCAAAUCAUCUUCACUAUUUUUUUUUUCCUUUUUUCCUCCCUGGUUUCCUUAAAAGAAUUCUUCUAGGGAACCAGAAAUAAGUCGGAGGAAACUGUAACAAAAUUCUCUGAUUUGUAUUAUCAUAUUCAAAUCACAAAUUUGGAAACAAAAUCAAAUUUUGAUUAGAGCCCACAUUAUAUGAUUUGACAACGUAAAA